UCUUACCACAUGGUUACCCUGAUAUAUUUAGGACUAUUUAUCUCUGUAGUUUAAUCUUUCAAAAAGAUUAAUGCAACUAAAUGUGUGGUGUUGGAUUUUUUUUUUAUUUUUUUUUUUUAGAAUUAGUCCCAGCACCGUGACUUUUCCAUCAUGUCAGAACCUAUCACGCUCAAUGUUGGAGGAAAACUCUAUACCACCUCUCUGUCCACUCUGACUAGCUUUCCAGACUCCAUGCUGGGAGCCAUGUUUAGUGGGAAGAUCCCAACCAAGAAGGACAGUCAAGGCAACUGCUUUAUUGACAGAGAUGGCAAAAUCUUCCGCUAUAUCCUGAACUUUUUACGAACUUCUCACCUGGACCUCCCUGAAGAUUUUCAGGAAAUGGGCUUACUGAGGCGGGAAGUAGAUUUUUAUCAGAUUCAGCCCCUGAUUGAGGCCUUGCAGGAGAAGGAGGUAGAGCUUUCUAAAGCAGAGAAAAAUGCCAUGCUCAACAUCACCCUCGAUCAGAAGACCCAGACUGUUCACUUCACUGUCCGAGAAGCACCCCAGAUUUACAGCCUGUCUUCCUCCAACAUGGAAGUGUUCAGUGCUCAUAUCUUCUCCACGUCAUGCCUGUUCCUGAAGCUUCUUGGUUCCAAACUGUACUACUGUUUCAAUGGAAACCUUUCCUCAAUAUCCAGUUACCUGCAGGAUCCCAACCACUUGACCUUAGACUGGGUUGCAAGUGUGGAAGGCCUUCCUGAAGAGGAGUACACCAGGCAGAACUUGAAGAGACUCUGGGUGGUGCCAGAUAAUAAGCAAAUCAACAGUUUCCAGGUGUUUGUGGAAGAAGUGCUGAAAAUAGCCAUGAGUGAUGGUUUCUGCAUAGAUUCUGCUCAUCCACAUACUUCAGAUUUCAUGAAUAAUAAGAUUAUUCGCCUAAUUAGGUACAAGUAG